AUGUCGGAAGAAAUGAAUGGUGAAACUUUCGCGUUUCAGGCGGAGAUCGCCCAACUGAUGAGUCUCAUCAUCAAUACAUUUUACAGUAAUAAGGAAAUUUUCCUCCGUGAAUUGAUUUCGAAUUCCUCGGAUGCGCUUGAUAAGAUUCGAUACCAGGCGCUUACUGAACCAGCCGAAUUGGAAACUGGAAAAGAGUUGUAUAUUAAGAUUACUCCGAAUAAGGCUGAUAAGACGCUGACCAUUAUGGACACGGGGAUUGGUAUGACUAAAGCAGAUCUGGUUAAUAAUUUGGGCACAAUUGCUAAAUCUGGCACCAAGGCGUUCAUGGAGGCUCUCCAGGCAGGUGCUGACAUCUCCAUGAUUGGUCAGUUUGGUGUUGGGUUUUACUCCGCAUUUCUGGUCGCAGAUAAAGUUGUUGUGGCCUCCAAACACAAUGAUGAUGAUUGUUAUCAGUGGGAGUCGUCAGCUGGAGGCUCAUUCAUUAUUCGACAGGUGAAUGAUCCAGAGCUUACACGAGGCACCAAAAUUACCCUGUACAUCAAGGAGGAUCAGACUGACUAUCUUGAAGAGCGUCGCAUCAAGGAGAUUGUGAAGAAGCACUCACAGUUUAUCGGGUAUCCGAUUAAACUUACUGUAGAGAAAGAGCGUGAUAAAGAAGUUUCUGAUGAUGAAGCGGAAGAAGAAAAGAAGGACGAAGAUAAGGAAAAGAAGGAAGGUGAGAUUGAGGAUGUUGGAGAAGAUGAAGAAGAAGAUAAGAAGGAUAAAGACAAGAAGAAGAAAAAGAUCAAGGAGAAGUACCAUGAAGAUGAAGAGCUGAACAAGACAAAGCCUAUUUGGACACGUAAUCCUGAUGAUAUAAGCAAUGAAGAAUAUGCGGAAUUCUACAAAUCACUAUCGAAUGAUUGGGAGGAUCAUCUCGCAGUCAAACAUUUUUCAGUUGAAGGGCAACUUGAAUUUCGUGCUCUGUUAUUUGUACCACAACGUGCACCAUUUGAUUUGUUUGAGAAUAAGAAGACAAAGAAUGCUAUCAAGCUCUAUGUUCGCCGAGUGUUCAUCAUGGAGAAUUGCGACGAGUUGAUGCCAGAAUAUUUGAACUUCAUCAAAGGUGUUGUUGAUAGCGAGGACUUGCCGCUAAAUAUUUCCCGUGAAAUGUUGCAGCAGUCCAAGAUAUUGAAGGUGAUUCGUAAGAAUCUUGUCAAAAAAUGCCUUGAAUUGUUCGACGAAAUCGCGGAAGACAAAGACAACUUCAAAAAGUUUUACGAACAGUUUUCGAAGAAUAUAAAGCUUGGUAUCCAUGAAGAUUCGACCAAUCGAAAAAAACUUUCGGAGUUCUUACGAUUCUAUACAUCAGCAUCUAGCGAGGAGAUGACUUCACUGAAAGAUUAUGUUAGUCGUAUGAAGGAGAACCAGAAGCAAAUCUAUUUUAUUACUGGUGAAUCCAGGGAAGCUGUCGCCAGUUCUGCAUUCGUGGAACGUGUCAAGAGACGUGGUUUCGAGGUUAUUUACAUGACUGAUCCGAUAGACGAGUAUUGUGUGCAGCAGUUGAAAGAAUAUGAUGGCAAAAAGCUGGUCUCAGUAACUAAGGAAGGUCUUGAACUGCCUGAAAGUGAGGAGGAGAAGAAGAAAUUUGAGGAAGACAAAGUUAAAUUUGAGAAUUUGUGCAAGGUCAUGAAGGACAUUUUGGAGAAGAAGGUUGAGAAAGUUGCUGUAUCAAAUCGAUUGGUCUCAUCUCCUUGUUGCAUUGUAACAUCUGAAUAUGGAUGGUCUGCCAAUAUGGAGCGAAUUAUGAAAGCGCAGGCACUGCGGGAUUCUUCUACAAUGGGAUAUAUGGCUGCCAAAAAACAUCUCGAAAUCAACCCUGACCAUUCUGUUAUCAAAGCGCUGCGAGAGCGUGUCGAGGCAGACAAAAACGAUAAGACUGUGAAAGAUUUAGUGGUUUUGCUCUUUGAAACUGCCUUGCUUUCUUCUGGUUUUUCGCUUGAAGAUCCGCAGUUGCAUGCAUCAAGGAUAUACCGCAUGAUUAAGCUUGGGCUUGAUAUUACGGAGGAUGAGGAAGAUGAAGCAAUUGCAUCCGUUUCUGGUGAGAAAGACGAAUGUGUGCCAAACUUAGUUGGUGCCGAGGAAGAUGCAUCGAGGAUGGAAGAAGUUGAUUAA